CAGCCCUUUUCUGCUAUCUGAAGCACCAAAUAACCUUGACGUAAACGUGAAAUAUAACGGCUUAUUUUGUAGCAGACUGCGCCGCCACGACGACGUGCCUUCCUUCGCCACUCUGUUUCCUGAGGACACACACACAUUUAUUGCACACCCUUUAAUCUGAUCUAGCCGGUAUGAGUCUAGCAACGAAGAAUAUCUUCAGUGCCCUUGACACCAGCAAGAAAGUCAAGAAGUCCAGCGGCAAGAGCAAGUCCAAGGACAGCGGUGAUAAGAAGAAGAAGUCCAGCGAGGCCAAGAAAGUUGUGGACACUGCGGAGCUUGAGAAGCAGCUAUUCUCUCAGCCUGUGGGGCUCGCCAGCUGGGCUGACGAUGAAGACGACGACUUCACCGUUCCUGUAGACGCCGGCUGGACACAAGCACCCCGGGGUAGCGCACAGGCCCCCGUCACCGCCAACGGCACACAAGAGGAGGACAGCCAGGAUGAGGGGGAGGCUGAGGAGGAUGAGGAAAUAGACCUGGAGGCCGAACUUGGGGUCGAGCUUGGGACUGGAGACGAUGGCGAGCACGAAGAUGCAGAGGAGGAGGCUUCAGAGCCUGCGCCGGCCCCAGCACGCCCAGCGGCCGCUCCGGCACCUAAGCCGUCCCAAGAGACGGAGAAGCAGCUCUCAAAGAAGGAGCUGAAGAAAAAGGAGCUGCAGGACCUAGACGCGGUCUUCGCGGAGCUAGGCAUUAACGUGGGCAAGGAGAACCAGGAGGGUGGCGCGAACGGGGAGAGCAAACGCAAGCGGAAGGACAAGAAGAAGGGCGGGGAAGCCGCGGAGGGCACCCAGCAGCAGCAGCAGCCUGCCAAGGAGGCCACGGAGGAGCCAAGCGAGGAGCCGAGCGAGGAGCCAGAGGAGUCGGGCGGACCCGUCGACCCUGCGGCGAUCAAGGCGAAGCUGGCUGCCAAGAAGAAGGCCGGUGACGCCAAGAAGAAGACGCCCAUGUCGGCGGCCGCGAUGGCGGAGGCGAAGCUCCGACAGGCGAAGGCUAAGAAGCAGAAGGACGUGAAGGCGUACAACCAGAUGCCCACGAGGUAACGGUGGGGCGCCAGCAGCGCUGCUCGUCUGCUGACCGGUAACGCAGGAUGCCAAUGCACGGCUGGGCGGAGGAGGAGCUGGAUGGGUUGCAGGCAGGCGCGCGCGGAGGAGCAGAUGAGCAGGGAGGUGCGCGCGAGGCACAUGGGGUGCUGCGCGCCUUGGUUUAGUUUGUUGCUGAGGGUCCGGCGGUGGUGCUGCUGCGCUGUGGUGAAGGAACAACUAGUAAGCUGCUGCGGGGUCGGAGCGAGGUUUGCACAUAAGAAACAUGUUGUUGCACAUAGCCAGCCGGCAAGCAGGAUGGUUGCCGUGCUUACCUCGCACACUGUCUGCACACACACACGCCGCGUGCACGUCCAAGAGUCACCCUUGUGAGGAUGAUGACGGUCAAAUCGCGCAUUUGCCUAAACCUUUUGACUUGGGGUGACCCAUGGGUCGGGUCUGCUAGAUCAGGGCUUUCUCUUCUCCGCAUGGCUGGGGCAUUAGGGCAGCAGUGCCUAAAGAGCGGCGCUCCUAGUCAUUACAAUAGUUCCUAGGAGGUGGGAAGGUACUGUGGGGAGAAGAGCAUUCUUUGUGGGUCGCCCAGGAGUGCCAUACAUAGCAUGGCCUCCUCGACCGUCCUGCAUGAUGUUAUUGGGGCAUGAACGCAGGCUGACUGCCUCACUGGGGUAGAGCUGUGUGCUGAGGCCUAGGUGGGCCGUUUAAUUGGGGAGGCAGCGCGCGUGCCAUGGCGGCUGGCAAGAAGAGGAGCCUGGGCCGAGGGAAGACGCAACUUGCCAGUACCGAUGCAUGGUAUUAGCAGAUGCCAGUAGCGGUGUUGCAAGAGGAUGUGUAGCUCUAGGGGGGCUAACUAUCGUGUUCAUGCAGCAAUCGAGUGCAUCGCGCGUCGUCUCUUUCCUUCUCAGUUCGCUCUUGUGGGCCCCAAGAGAAGUGGAGGCUAGGGAGGUUUGAAGCGACCGAUGGCCUGUGCUCGUGUCCGCGUAUAUAGCGGCCGGGCUGUUAUUGACCCUCAACGUCUUUGACUGGGCUGACUG